AUGCUGGCCAGGGCUGCUCCCGCGGCGCGCGGCUGGCGCGGCUACGCGGUGCAAGUGGCCGCCGGUGCCGGCGGCUCGCACGCGCUGCCCGCCUCGGCGCCACGGCCCUUCAACCAGCUGCCGGGCAACUGGCGCACGGGCUGGCUCAACCUCUACCGCUUCUGGCGGGAGGGCGGCUUCCACAACAUCCACAAYAUCAUGGCCCGCAACUUCCAGCAGUUCGGGCCCAUCUACAGGGAGAAGCUGGGCGCCUACGAGAGCGUGAACAUCAUCAGCCCGCGGGACGCGGCCACGCUCUUCAGGGCCGAGGGCCUGCUGCCCGAGCGCUUCCGCGUGCCGCCGUGGCUGGCCUACCGCGACUUCCGCAACAAGCCCUACGGGGUGCUCCUCAAGACCGGGGAGGCCUGGCGCGCCGACCGCCUCACGCUGAACAAGGAGGCGCUGUCGCCGCACGUCAUGGGCACCUUCGUGCCGCUGCUGAGCCAGGUGGGCGAGGACUUCGUGCAGCGCGCCCGGGCGCAGGUGCGCAAGAGCGGCCGGGAGCGCUGGACGGCCGACUUCACCGACGAGCUCUUCCGCUUCGCCCUCGAGUCCGUGUGCCAUGUCCUGUACGGGGAGCGGCUGGGCCUCCUGCAGGACUUCGUGGACCCCGAGGCGCAGCGCUUCAUCCACGCCGUGAGCCUCAUGUUCCACACCACGUCGCCCAUGCUCUACGUGCCGCCUGCGCUGCUGCGCCGCCUCAACGCCAAGACGUGGCGGGACCACGUCCAAGCGUGGGACGCCAUCUUCACACAGGCGGACAAGUGCAUUCAGAGCGUCUACCGAGACCUGCGGCUGCACCGCAAGAGCCCCAAGGAGUACACGGGCAUCCUCUCCAACCUCCUCAUGCAGGACAAGCUGCCCCUGGAUGACAUCAAGGCCAGCGUCACGGAGAUGAUGGCAGGGGGAGUGGACACGACCUCCAUGACGCUCCAAUGGGCCAUGUUCGAGCUGGCGCGUGCCCCGGGCAUCCAGGAGCAGCUGAGGGCAGAGAUCCUGGCGGCCAAGCAGGAGGCGCAGGGAGACAGGGUGAAGAUGCUCAAGAGCAUCCGGCUGCUCAAAGCCACCAUCAAGGAAACGCUCAGGCUGCACCCCGUGGCCGUCACCCUGCAGAGAUACACCACGCAGGAGGUCGUCCUCCAGGAUUACUGCAUCCCGCCCAAGACCCUGGUGCAGGUGGGGCUUUACGCCAUGGGCCGCGACCCCAAGGUCUUCCCCAAGCCGGAGCAGUUCAACCCCGAGCGCUGGCUGGCGACCGGCUCCAAAUACUUCCAGGGCCUGGGCUUCGGCUUCGGGCCGCGCCAGUGCCUGGGCCGCAGGAUCGCCGAGCUCGAGAUGCAGCUCUUCCUCAUCCACCUGCUGGAGAACUUCAAGGUGGAAACCAAGCGGGCCGUGGAAGUCGGGACCAAAUUUGACCUCAUCCUCAUCCCRGACAAACCCAUCCAGCUCACCUUGCGUCCCCUGGAGACCCAGGCCUGA